CCUGUGCCACAACUUUCGAUUUGGUGGCUCUCAUAAUUGACGACUUGGAGUUUUGGGAGAGCAGUUUGUGAGAAACGCUCUUGGGCUUGGCGACUCGGAGGUCUUUUGGCUCGGCUACUUUGACGCGAUUUCACCUUGCUACUCAUAGAAGUCAUAGGACGUCCGAAGUCUUUGCUGCCCUCGCCCCUGUGGAGCUACGAUUCUGCUCCCGAAGUCCGCCCGCUGAAGUGUGUGAGAAAGCGGCCUUGCCAGCAUUGCACCUAAGAAUGCCUUUUAGCUGUGAUAGGAGCAGUUUCUCGCUCCUAAUCUAUACCUAUGAUAUUCUCUCUUUGUGGCUAAUAAGUCCCCGUGGCACGGCAACGCAGUUGAGAUAUAUUCCCUUAUCUUAUAGACAGACCUAAUAGUGCAAUCCCCUGCAUUCUUGCUGCCCUAUACAACUGUGUAUUAAGAUGUAGAUUUGUUUGUAUGUGUAGUUUCAGAGACAUCAAUGCUGAUUCCCCUCUACUGCUUUUCAAUAGGCAACAAUUAAUCCAAAGAUUUAUCUUCAAGAGAUUUAUUUCAUUGGGAAAUGGGGGUUGCGCUGUUCAUCUCCCUUAUUCUAACCCUCCUUUUUGCCAAGUUCAAGUUACCCAUCGUCAGCUUCAAAGCAGCGUGGAGGUUGGGACAGAUGUGUUUCGCUUCCCACCUUGUCAAAUGAACUUGACUUCCUUUUGAACACAUGGGGCUUGGUGUAUCUGCUCUGCAGUAUUGCUGCUACUGCCCUAAGCGGUGCCGAAAGGCUUAAUAAACUAAGCACAACAGGCUCUGUUAAUUGCAUUGGUUAUAAGUCCUAUCCGAGAUACAUCCAUAGAUGAACAAGUCUGAAGUUGUGCUAUGUCAAGUCAUCUCAAUGGCGGCUGAAAUGGAUGAUCGACCGCUAUUCCCGUUUAGGCGAUUUCCAAUCCUUUCUUGGCAUCCGCAGAUGUCUUGGCCACGCUUAUUUCCUAAUCGGGUAUCGAGCUUCUCCUUUCUCUGACAUCGCCAUCGCUGCAAAUAGCGCACUACAGCAUCAGAAACAGGCGACGCCGCAACACAACCAUCAGCAUUUGUGGGUCGAGGAAAUAUGGCAGUAUGAUUCGAAACAUUCCCCAGAAGUGGUAAAUUUCCUGGUGAAGAGAAUGGGCGCAGCAUCUAUGUUUCUUGUCAGGGGCUGCUCGCGGGGCUUGACCAUGGGCAGAACGGUAUAAAGGCGAUGGGAUGGGACGGCCUCUGACCUUCUCAGGAUUUCUUAAAAAUGACAAAAGGGCUUGUUAAUUUACGACCCCUAGCGGGAGUUAUUUUCUCAUAUCAAUAUCAUUUAGAGCAACCAUGUCAUCAGAGCUUACAGCAGAAGAUUUAUACCACUACUCUCCAAACAAAGGUGUGGCUAUUUUCUUUACCGCGGCCUAUGCAUUUUCUGCAGCAUUGCAUGAAUUGCAGUAUAGGACAUCGAAACCACAGAAAUUCACAAUUCCAUUGACGUUAGGCGCCAUAUUUUCAGCAAUCGGCUUUCUCCAGCGCUCGCUUCUCGCUUCUGAUAAGGGGAAUGUGAAAUCCCUCUACACAAUCUCCACUAUGUUCAUUCUUGGCGCUGGGCCGACGUAUGCUGGCGCAGAUUAUUUCAUCUGCGGACGGCUAUUUAGCUUUGUCCCAUCCGCCGCUCCAAUGUCUCCGAUUAGGGUCGUCCGCACGUUUAUCGUAUUUGACGUCCUGGCGGAAGUAUGCGUCUGGGCUGGUGCCGGUCUACUUGCGGGUGCUGAUACCGACACGGCCGCUCGUUUUAAAGUUGGGUUAAACUUGGUUCGAGUUGCUAUGAUUAUCCAGGUGACCUUGUUCGCAUUGUUUGUGGCUGUUUUGACAUUAUUUCAUGUCCGAGUCCGUGAAGUGCGUGCAAAGUGGUCCGUUACCUCGGAUGGUGGUACGGGGAGAAGGUUCAUGACGGUGGUGUACUCUCUUUACACCUCGUCGGUUUUCAUUAUUAUACGAUCUGCGUACCAUAUCGCAGAAACAUUUGUCCCGGAGGGCCACUCAUUUCGAACAGCGGAGCAUCCCUUCCUCAUCUGUGAGGCGCUUGUGAUGCUACUUAACACCGCAAUGUUCAAUAUCUUCCACCCUGGCCAUAUUCUCCCAAUCGACUCGCGGGUGUAUGUGGGUCGUGAUGGGCAGGAGAGAGCAAACGAAGCAAUCGAGGGCGCUUUCAACGAUUCGCGUCCCCUGUUGCAGAAGAUACUGGACCCGCUUGAUUUCAAAGGGUUGUUCGUGAGGGAUAAAAGAAAACUGUAUGACCCCCAGGAAGAGCUGGAAAUGUAUACCAAUUCGACUCAAGGCCUCGUUCGUCGUUAGAAGUUAAGUAGACUAUUGAUGUGUAUUAUUUCUCAAUACUCCCAAUCCUGUUUCUUGUCUGUUUUUCCCUUCUUCGUCUUUUUUUGCGUUUAAUUGCGUUUUGCACGCUUGGAACUUAGAGAUGGCUUAAUUUAUUGAGUAGAGGCAUGGAUCGAGUUUGGGUUUCUAAACCGUUUGCAUUUGGUCCCAGAAUUCUAUUUCUACUACGUUAAUUGGAAGCUCAGGCAUCUGGAGGUCGGUUAUUAUCAGCUCACAGGACUUUCUUUACAGGGAAAAUGUAAUAGAAUGGAGUGAUAUUCAAUGGUCUGCUACUCGAAAUAUAUCAUAGACUUUUAACAAGCGUGAAACGGAAACAAUUAUUUCAAAUAUCCAAUGGAAACGGCUAUGGACUAACCCCAAGCGACUGUGCAGCAGCGUCUCUGUGUCUAUCUUAGCCAUUUCCUAAGGCAUGAUAGAAAGUUCCAUAGGGUCGCGGCGGAAGACUUUCUUCCUUCUUUUCUGUCUAGAAUAGGGCCGAAUCCGGUUUUGUCACUAGUUGCGAGAUAAUGUCACCCAUUUCGUUGAGGAUAGAGUCGGCCUCCGCGCGCCAGGACUCGAACGUGACGAUCUCGAUACAUAAGCUGUCUCCUUUCGGGAAGGCCUGUACCUUCCACUCACGAAGCGGCUCGAGGUGUGGAUAUAUCGUCUCCAUUCGGCUAUUGGCUGAUAAAAACGCUAGAUUUUCGACAUGCUCAACAUCUUGGUGCACCACAGUGUCAAACCAAUCCACCGUCUCAGGCCAGUCUGUGCAGUUCCGGACGAUUUCCUUGAGGCCGAUUCCUUCGAACUGCGCGCUUGAAAUGUGCUGGUGUUGCACGAAGUUGAGAAGGUCGAUUGCCGUCCAGCCAGGCUCGAACUUUACACGUAACGGAACAUACUGCCAAGUUGGUCCCAUCACAAUGUCACAGUUGGGGAGAUCGAUGUUGCGGCCGCUGACCACUUCACCGAAUGUUACGUCACGAACGGACAAACGGCGAGCCAAACAUAGUGCCCAUGCUGCAGAAGGGAUAGUGGCAAGCGUGAUUUCUUUGGACCGGGUUGAGAUAUCAAAAGGUUUGGAUAUAAAGAUCGACUUUUUACUCUCCAAAGGCGUUGACGGGCGCAGAGUUGACAUGGAGGAGCCUCGGAGUAGGUUUCGCCAGUAUUCGAUGCUUUGCGGGAUGUUCUCUCGGACGACGUGGUGGACAAAGGAAGAGAAUGAUUUCGUCAUACUGAGCAUGGGAAAUCCGCAUGAUUAGGCAACUUUGCCCGGUUGAACACUGAACAAAGAAGAAUUUUAUGAAGGGCGUUCCGAGGGGCAUCACUGUCUGCACAUCAAGAUUGCAAAGC